UCCUGGCACCUUCUGGGGACACGGAAAAGAACACCCUUUAGGGGUGGGGGUUCUUGGAAAAUAGUUGGCGUCAGGCUGGUGCGCAGGGUGAGGCUGCAUACGGAUGGUGGUACCUGCCAGGAUGCCAAGAAGGAAGGUCUGCGGAACGUGGGGUAACUGCUCUUUGCAGUGUCUUGGGUCGACCUCUCUCCCCUCCCUCUUCACAGUUGCUCCCGGGAGCGGGCAGGAUGUCUCAUGCGCCCUGGGCUACUUCCCCUGCGGCAACACCACCAGAUGCUUGCCUCAGCUGCUGCACUGUAACGGCGUGGACGACUGUGGGAACCAAGAGGACGAGGACAACUGCGGUGACAACAAUGGAUGGUCUAUGCAACUUGACAAAUAUUUUGCCAAUUACUACAAAAUGACUUCCUGGUAUCCCUUUGUGGCAGAAACAUCUGAAUGCUUGGUCGGUUCUGUGCCCGUGCAAUGUCUUUGCCGAGGUUUAGAGCUUGAUUGUGAUGAGACCAAUUUACGAGCUGUCCCGCCAGUUUCUUCAAAUGUGACUUUAAUGUCACUCAAGUGGAACUUAAUAAGAAAACUUCCUCCUGAUGGCUUUAAGAAGUACCAUGAUCUUCAGAAGCUGUAUCUCAGUCAUAACAGAAUAACCUUCUUGAAGCCGGGUGUUUUUGAAGAUCUCCACAGACUAGAGUGGCUGAUAAUUGAAGAGAAUCAUCUCAGUCGAAUUUCCCCACUAACAUUUUAUGGACUAAAUUCUCUUAUUCUCCUAGCACUGAUGAAUAACGUCCUUACCCGCUUGCCUGACAAACCGCUCUGUCAGCACAUGCCCAGGCUGCACUGGCUGGACUUUGAAGGCAACCAUAUCCAUAAUUUAAGGAAUUUGACUUUUAUUUCCUGCAGUAAUUUAACUGUUUUGGUAAUGAGGAAAAACAAAAUUAAUCACCUCAGUGAAAACACGUUUGCACCGCUCCAGAAACUAGAUGAAUUGGAUUUAGGAAGUAAUAAGAUUGAAAAUCUUUCACCACUUGUCUUUAAGGAUCUGAAGGAGCUCUCACAGUUGAAUCUUUCCUAUAACCCAAUCCAGAAAAUUCAAGCAAACCAAUUUGAUUACCUUGUCAAACUCAAGUCUCUCAGCCUAGAAGGAAUUGAAAUUUCAAAUAUCCAACAAAGGAUGUUUAGACCUCUCACGAAUCUCUCUCACAUCUAUUUUAAGAAGUUCCAGUACUGUGGCUACGCACCUCAUGUUCGCAGCUGUAAACCAAACACUGAUGGAAUCUCAUCUUUAGAGGAUCUCUUGGCGAGCAUUAUUCAGAGAGUGUUCGUCUGGGUUGUGUCUGCAGUUACGUGUUUUGGAAACAUCUUUGUCAUCUGUAUGCGACCUUAUAUCAGAUCUGAGAACAAGCUGCAUGCCAUGUCAAUCAUUUCCCUCUGCUGUGCCGACUGCCUGAUGGGAAUCUAUUUGUUUGUGAUCGGAGCCUUUGACCUGAAGUUUCGAGGAGAAUACAACAAGCACGCACAGCUGUGGAUGGAGAGUAUUCAUUGCCAGCUUCUGGGGUCCCUGGCCAUCCUGUCCACAGAAGUAUCCGUGUUACUUUUAACAUUUCUGACGGUGGAAAAAUAUAUCUGCAUUGUAUAUCCUUUCAGAUGCUUAAGACCUGGAAAAUGCAGCACCAUUACAGUUUUGAUUCUCAUUUGGAUUAUUGGUUUUAUCGUGGCUUUCAUUCCACUGAGCAAUAAGGAAUUUUUCAAAAACUACUAUGGCACCAAUGGGGUAUGCUUCCCUCUUCAUUCAGAAGAUACAGAAAGUAUUGGAGCCCAGAUUUAUUCAGUGGCAAUUUUUCUCGGUAUUAACUUAGCAGCAUUUAUCAUCAUAGUUUUUUCAUAUGGAAGCAUGUUUUACAGCAUCCAUCAAAGUGCCAUAACAGCAACCGAAGUACGGAAACAAGUUAGGAAAGAGAUGAUCCUUGCCAAACGUUUUUUCUUUAUUGUAUUUACCGAUGCAUUAUGCUGGAUACCCAUCUUUGUACUGAAAUUUCUCUCACUGCUUCAGGUAGAAAUACCAGGUACCAUAACGUCUUGGGUAGUGAUUUUUAUUCUGCCUAUCAACAGUGCUUUGAACCCAAUUCUCUAUACUCUGACCACAAGACCAUUCAAAGAAAUGAUCCGUCAGUUUUGGUAUAACUACAGACAGAGAAGAUCUAUUGACAGCAAAGGAAGUCAGAAGACAUAUGCUCCAUCGUUCAUCUGGGUAGAAAUGUGGCCCCUGCAGGAGAUGCCUUCUGAGCUAAUGAAGCCAGCUCUUUUCACAGACCCCUGUGAAUUAUCACUCAUUUCUCAAUCAACUAGACUCAAUUCCUAUUCAUAACUGACUGAAAUCUAUUUCUACACAGAGAAUACUGUGGGAUGCUUCAUGAUGGGUUUAUUAGUAUAAAAUAAACACCACAAAAUAAUUUAUAAUAAUGGCUAAAAUAAAUUAGCUUACAUGGACAUGAGGUUAUUUGGGAAAAAAUCAAAAUGACUGAUGCCCAUGUAAAGGGAAAUAAAUUAUAUUGAUAAUGUGUAUAAACUGGUACAUAUUUUGCAUAGGAAAUCAAGAGAAAUCUACUUCAAGGUUCAUUCAUUCUUUUACCAUGCAUUUAUUGAGUACCUACUAUGUGCAUGGCACUGC